AUGUAAUAAUUAAGCGCUUAUGCCUUGUAAUUCAAUUGAAUCUAUAUAUCAGACUAUAAGAAUUUGAGAAGUAAAGUGAGUUAGAAAUAAGUUCGCUUAGGAACGAAUUCUAAAAAGAGUCAACCUAUGUAAUUGAAGUGUGUGCAAAUGAAUAAAAAUUAAACAAUGUUUCAAUAUUUAAGAAUCCAUUUUUUUAAGAUCAUUUAUUGACUGAAAACUCAUUUUUAUAAAUUAUCAAGUAAGGGAAAGUAGACACUUAAAUUGGUAAAUUGAUAUUAUAUUAUAGCUACAAUGGGAUCUCCAUAUGCAAUUACAUUAAAUGAGAAGAAUUUAAAAAAUUAAGAUGAUCUUUAUAAAUUUAUUGUAAGGAAUUUAGACAAAACUUUUACAGUUUAAGAGAUCAGACACAAUUCUUAUACAGUUAGUGUAAGUUUUUGUGAAUUCUUAAAAUCAUUUAUUAUUUCAUCAAGUGGAUAAACAAUAAUAUGUGAAGAUAAGAAUGAUAUUUCUAAAUAUAACUAGAUAUAAGGCUAUGAAAGAGCUUGUAAAGUAGCUAUAUUAUUCUUUAAUAUACAUUCAAAAAUGAAUUAUAAUCAAUAGAUCAACUUUGCUAAGGAUCUUAUAAAUAGAAGUCUAGUUGGAUGUAGAAACUCAUCAAAUUUUAUUGAAUGGUAUACAAUUAUGGAACAUUAUUAGUUAUAAAGAAUACUAUCACCCAAUAUUGUUAAGAAUUUUCUUAAUUAUUAUAAUUUAGAGAUUGCUAAAUCAAAUGAAUAAUAAACAAAUCUAAUAAAUUUUCCAUCAAUAUAUGAUUAAAUAUAUAAUCAAAUAAUAGAUAAAUAUCAUGAUUAUUAUAAAGGAAAAACAAUUUAUUUUUGGAAAGAUGAUAAAUAUUUAGGAAAUUGUUAUAUUCCUUCUAAACAUUUUGAAAUUUUAAGGCAAAUCAAAAUUUACAUAAAUAAUUCUAAAUCAAACUUUUAUAUGAAUUAACCUCCAAAUUUUUUAUCAUCAUUUAAUUUAAAUCAAUAAGAAUAUGAAUUUUAUUUAAAAUGCUUAAACCUCAUGUUUAGUAUUCCAUUUAAUUAAAGAAAAAGCUAUAACUUUCUUUAAUUGUCAACUCUUGUUUUUAAUUGUGUUCAUAAAAAAUUAACUAAUAUACCAUAAAAAUUAGAUUAUGAAUUGUCUCUUGCUUAAUGUUUAAAACCAUAAACUACUAUUAUUGUCUUAAUUCCAGUAGGUAUCAAUGGAAUGGGUUAUGAUGAAAUUUGUUAACAUAUUAUUAAAAUGUGUGAAGGAGUUAAAAUAGUAAGUAAAAUUAAUUAGGUUAAUGAUAAUCAAAUACUAUAUUUAUUUGAUUAAAUUUGUUCACUUAAAUAAUUAAAAUAAAUUCAUAAUGAAUUAAAAUAGCUUCCCUAUGAUAUUAGAACUAUUGCUCUAUAUCCAGAAUGUACACAUUAUUAUUUAUCAGAAAAAUAAUCCAGAUUUCCAUUUUCUUUUAAAUUUAUUAUGUUUUGUUUAUUAUCUGUUUUGGAUCAAAGAGACCAAGUUAAUCAAAUAAUAAAAUAAUUAAAAGAUUUAGAAAAUCAGAAUCUUAAUCAUUUACCAUCAGAUUAUUAAAUUAGUUGUCAUUAUAUGCCAUAAAAAAAAGAGGCUGAUGAUCUAUAUGGUGAGAUAGUUGAGUCAGAUUUCAAAGCAGCAUUUUCAUUCACAAAUGAUUAUUUAAUAGAGAGUUUAUCUUAAUAUAAAGAUUAUGUAGGAAACAUUCCUAAAGGAUAUUUGUAAGAUUAAGCAAAGAAGAUAAUUAAUUAAAUUGAGGACAAAGUUAAAAUUAAUAUAACAAAAAAGAAAUAAUUAUUGUAUAAUAAAACAAAUUCAAAAUUUGAAAAACAAUAUGUAUUAUAUAUUUAAAAUCCAAAUUGGGAUGAUAUAGAUAAUUUCAUCUUUGAUGGUCUUGAAAUUAUUUUAAAGAAUUAUCCAAAAGACACUUAUGCUAAUUUAAUGUAUCAAUUAUUAAAUUAAUAAUUUUUUUAAAAAAGAAAUACAUAAACUUAUUUGAGAGAAAACUAACCUUAUAUGCUAUCUGAAAAAUCAGAAUAGAAAGAAAGAUAAGUAUAGGUAUAAGUAGUAGUGAUUGUUGUUGAUGGAAUAAUAAUUCUGUAACCAUAGGAUUUAGGAUUAAAUCUUUUAUAAGAUAUACCAAUUUAUUCUAACAAUAUUGAAGUGAUAAAUUCAAUAAGGAUAGCUCAAUUUGUAAAAUCAAAAGUGGAGAAAUUGUAUGAUAAGUAAACAAAGGAGGAAACUAUAUUUUAAUUGGAUCUAGAAUUGAAUUAUAAGGUGUGGAAAGUAUAUUUAGUGAAAUUGAAGCCAAUAAUAAUUAAUUUAGUUGAGGGAUUAGUUGAGAAAUUAGUUAAUUGA